AUCUUUGCUGUGUUGUUUUGAAUGUUGUGCUGUUGAGAAAAGCUGAUAUGUCUUUAAAAGCCAUUGUUUUCAUUCAACUGUUUGGAUCUGUUGUGUUAAAUGGCGUGACGAUUGCUAAGGUAGAGUCCAGUCAACGUGAUGACGACUUCCGGUUUGACUGGCGAGAUUUUGGAGUGAUUUCCCCUGUAUCUGACCAAGGUACUCAGGACAUUGGCGCCGAUAUAGCUGCCACAGAGUGUGUGGAAAGUCUGCUGGCCAUACAAACACGCAGCAAGGUCAAGGCUCUGAGCAAACAGGAAGUGCUCGACUGUUGUGACGACCACCAACACGAGCCAAGAUGGACGUGGUUUGACUGUAUAGCUGGCAUUGGUGGACUUUGUACUUCUGACUCCUACAGAGGUGUGGGCAGGUGUGAGAACAACACCUGCACGUCCACGGGGAAGAUUCAGGGAGCGGGCUAUGUACCUAAGGGCAGCGAGACUCUAAUGGCUCAACUACUUCAUAACACAACACUCUUGGCGUACAUUGAUAUCACACCUCAAUCUUUUCUGAACUACAAAGGUGGGAUUUACUUUGACAGGAUGUGCACACCCGGUGGUAUUUCCCAUCACGCAGUCCAAAUCGUUGGGUACGGAACUGUAGGUGGAAUGGAUUAUUGGAUUAUCAAAAAUUCUUGGGGUACACAGUGGGGCGAGCAAGGCUACAUGAGGAUGUUAAGAGGCCAGAACAUCUGUGGAAUCUCGGCCAUUUCCAGUUAUCCUAAAUAAAUAAAUCAGCGCUGGUAACAUACGUUUUGUGCCUUUUUAUGUCAGUCAUUGUUAUAGAGAA